GUACGGAGGGCUUCGGCCAAGAUGGCCGCACCCACGGGCGCAAUCUCACGGGCGCCGCCAUCGCAGCCCGGGCCCACCGAGGCCGCGCUCCCGGUGGCCGCCAUGUCGGCCUCUGGCUGCAGCCAGAUCCGGACAAAGCCCGAGACGGAGGAUCUGAAGAAGAGUGCGGGAAAGGCCCGAAAGGCCGGGCGCCCACUGGAGAUGGCGGCCUCCGAGCCCAAAGCCAGCGGCGCGGGAUCGGUAACAUUUAAAGAUGUUACUAUGGCUUUUACCCAGAAGGAAUGGAAGCAACUUGAACCUGCUCAGAAGAACCUGUACAAAGAUGUGAUGCUGGAGAACUACAGCAACCUAGCUUCAAUGGCAGGGUAUCAAGCUCCCAAACCAGACAUGAUCUCUAAGUUGGAAAAAGGAGAAGAACCAUGGUUGGGUAAGGGGAAGAAACCCAGUCAAAGUCGUCUGAAUAAAAAAGCAAGAUCCAAGCAAGUAGGAACCAGUAGAAAAGAAGAACAGCGUGAUGAUGAUCAGUUGGAGAAUAACCAGAAAUCUCAAAACAAACCCAUUAAGGAAGUUGCCUUUAAGAACAGAACUUUGAAUAAGAAGAAAGGCAGUGAGUGUGGUUCAUUGGGGAAAAAAAUUAAUGUGAGUACAAAACAUGUUUCUUCAAAAAGGGGACUUUUUAAAUCUGAUUCACAUGGGAAGAAUUUGAAGCAAAAUUUAGACUUACCUGGCCAUAGAAAAAACUGUGCAAAAAAGAAACCUGAUGUAGCUAAAGAACAUAGGAAAUCAUUCAGUCAGAGCUUAUCUGAUAAGAAAGACACAAAUCAAGCUGGAAAGAAAUGUGAGAAAUUAUCCAAACAGAGUUCACCUGACAAGCAUGACAAAACUCAGACUAGGAAGAAAUGUGAGAAACGAUGCCAUCAUAGCUCACCCCAUACUAAGCAAGGCAAGAUUCAGUCUGGAGAGGAACAUGAGAAAUCAUUGAGCCCUAGUUCAUCCAAUAAACCUGACAAAACUCAAGCUGGUUUGAAACCCUAUGAAUGUAACCAGUGUGGGAAGGUUCUCAGUCAUAAACAAGGACUCAUUGACCAUCAGAGAAUUCACACUGGGGAGAAGCCCUAUGAAUGUAAUGAAUGUGGCAUAGCCUUUAGCCAGAAGUCCCACCUUGUUGUACAUCAGAGGACUCACACAGGGGAGAAACCAUAUGAAUGUGUUCAGUGUGGCAAAGCCCAUGGUCAUAAACAUGCCCUGACUGACCAUCUAAGAAUUCAUACUGGGGAAAAGCCCUAUGAAUGUACUGAGUGUGGGAAAACCUUUAGACACAGCUCAAACCUUAUUCAACAUGUGAGAUCUCAUACAGGUGAGAAGCCUUAUGAAUGUAAGGAAUGUGGAAAAUCCUUUAGGUAUAACUCAUCUCUCACUGAACAUGUGAGAACUCAUACAGGUGAAAUACCAUAUGAAUGUAAUGAAUGUGGCAAAGCCUUUAAAUAUAGCUCAUCUCUGACUAAACAUAUGCGAAUUCAUACAGGCGAAAAACCCUUUGAAUGUAAUGAAUGUGGAAAGACUUUCAGCAAGAAGUCACACCUCAUUAUACAUCAAAGAACUCAUACGAAGGAGAAACCUUAUAAAUGUGAUGAAUGUGGGAAAGCCUUUGGACAUAGUUCAUCUCUUACUUACCAUAUGAGAACGCAUACUGGUGAAAGUCCCUUUGAAUGUAAGCAAUGUGGGAAGGCCUUUAAACAAGUUGAAGGUCUUACUCAACACCAGAGAGUUCAUACUGGAGAAAAACCCUUUGAAUGUAAUGAAUGUGGGAAAGCCUUUAGCCAGAAGGCACACCUCAUUGUACAUCAGAGAACUCACACUGGGGAGAAACCCUAUGAAUGUAACGAAUGUGGGAAAGCCUUUAAUGCAAAGUCACAACUUGUUAUACAUCAGAGAUCCCAUACAGGAGAGAAACCCUACAAAUGUAAUGAAUGUGGGAAAUCUUUCAAACAGAAUAUGUCCCUCACCAAACACAUGAAAACUCAUUCUGAGGAAAACUCUCAUGAGUGAAAUGAGAGUGGGAAAUCUGCUAACUGAAGAUUUUUUUUAACCUUAGAAAUACUCUGAACUUGAAGUAUGUUUAAAAACAAAAAGACCCUUGACAAGAACAUCUUGUUAUCCAUGAGAGGAUUUGAACAUAUAACUUCAAAUAGAAGCAUGGAUGGAAUAAGAUACCAAAUCUUUUAUGAAAAUAUAAUUUUUAAAUAUGCAGUUAUUAUAAAUGAUUUACAUGUGUAGAUUGAAAUAUGAAGCUUUAAAAAAAUAGGAGUAAGUUGAAUAAUCAGAGCAAUGAAGAAACAAGUUGUAUAUAUUUCACAAUUACUGAGUUGCUUGGGUGUUGUGUACAUAAGUCCACAUAUUAGAAUUCAAUUUGCAUAUCUGCUUAUUGCCUUGUGUAAAGGAGUGUGGCCAUUUAUAUAAACAUCCUCUUUGAUAUUAUCAUCCAGCUCUUUCAUAAUGUCUAUACAAGCUUUUACAUUAACAGAUUAACAGAAGCCUUUAUAAAAAGCUUAUUAUUCAUCUAAGUAUUGUUAAAAGAAAUGUUUUUAAAGCAAGGAAAAAAACAGGUGAAGAUACAAAUAUGCUGGUCAGGAAUGAUGCUCAAUAUAUAUUAAGUCAGUUUUAAAAAAGGGAUUGCUAAACCAUGUAUAUAGUAUCUUCCCACUCAUGUACAAAAGAUUAUGUGUGUUUACCUGUCUCCCUCUCUGUGUAUGUUUGUGUGUGUGUAUACAAGUACUAUAAAUGUAUAUCAAUAGAUUUUGUUUAAAAUUUUCAGAAGAAACUUAAUAGUGGUUGUGACUAGGCACAGAAAUAUAGGACUGAGGGCUAGAAUGAGAGUAAGAUCUCAUGUGUAGUAUACUGUUUAAAUUUUUAUCAUGUUUAUGCCUUGUUUUCAUAAUUAAAAUACUUUUAAUAUGCAUAAAUCAGCACUAUUUUAGAAUGUCACCAAACCCAUUCCACAAUGUUGCUGACAAGUUAAAAUUUUCUAUGCUUAUUCAUGAAUAAUGCUGAAUAUGAGGUAUUUGAUAUUGAAUUCACAAAGAUUUUCCUAUCAAAUACAAGUUCUUUCAUAACAUAAUAAUUACAACUGUAACAGCACUGUGUCUCUUCUAUUUUCUAUUAAAGACUGAAGAUGAACUAUGGUUGCAAA